AUGGGCCGCAGCUCGAGCCCAGUUCUGGCCCGCUCCGAGGCGAGCGGCUGCUGCGAGCCCCAGCUCCUGGCCCUGCCGAAGGCCAGGGCGGUCACCGCCGCGUCGACGGACCUGCCCUCACCGGUGGACUCCUCGAGGGGCCCGGGCCUGGACACGUGCCGCCACCAGCUCCCCUCCAGCGCGUCGCUGGCGGCCGCACUGCCAGAGCAGGCCCCGGCCGCCGUCGCGCCGCCGUCGCCCGCAAAGGCCCCGCCGAGCCCGGCGGGCGGCGAGGCACUGGCGGGCGCUGCGGGCGAGGCGGGCCCGCCCGGCCCGUGCGCGGAGGCCGGCGCGGCCGGUCCUCAGUCGCCCCAGGCUGCGCGGAGGGGCCGCGGGCGGCCACCAACGAAGCCCGUGGGCUGUCCGCCAGGCGAGGUCGUCUCCCCUCGGGCGCUGACGCAGGCGGCGAUGCGCAAGCGGCAUUCGCACAAGGUCACGGUGCACAGCAUCGGGAGCGAGGUGGCCAACAGGGUAAGCCACCUCCGCGCGUUCACGCGCCGGAGGAGCAGCGACAUGCGGGACGGGAAGAUCGUGCUCACCGAGGCGCCGCAGGGGGUGAAGCCCAUCUUCGAGAAGGUCGUGGGAGCAACCCUCGACGAGAUCCAGGCAGCCCUGCUCAGGACGGAGCAGUGCCCCAUGGGACGCUUCCUUGAUGAGAUCCUAGAGUGCUACGACAUCGAGCCCGCGGAGUGGAAGACAGACCCUGUCAUGGCAGACACCAUGUUGCUCAAGCGCCGCUACUCGGCCCCGGUGCCAGACAAUGUGCCAGAUGCAGUUGCGAGGAUCGUGAGGCUUCCACCGGUCAUCGGCACCACAACGGUGUAUCGUCUUCGGCGCUCGGAGGCAGGCGAGUUGACAAUGGUGCAGCAAUCCUACAUUGGCGAUGUGAUGUAUGGGGACCGGUUCAAAAUUCAGAACACCAUUUCUUUCAGGGAGGAAGAGGGCGGGGUUGUGUCUCGGCAGUGGGCGGACAUUGUCUGGGACCAGCCGCUACCAUGGACACACAGCAUCAUCCGACACUUCAUCGAGAAGAGGUCCAAGGCCGAUGCCACCCGCUAUGCCCCCCAGCUGCUCUGCAUGAUAGAGGACGCCGUGGAGGCGGAGUAUCCCGUCGUCGACCAGCUGGACGCGAGGGACUGCCUGCGGGAGCUGCGCGAGGCGCUGGCCGCCCGGCUGCGGGCUGCCUUGUGGCACUGGGCUCUCGCGCUCCGGGCGGCCUUCGUGCGGCGCGGUGGCCUGGGCCUGCGCGGCCUGUGGAUGGAGCCGGCCGAGAAGCGGCAGCGCCACGUCGGCGAGGGCCAGUGCCCCAACGGCUGCCCGCGGAGCGCGUGCCCGCUGGCGGCCGGCGGCGCGGGCGAGUGGACCCCUGUGGUGCGGCUGAAGGAGCCCCCUUCCAGGGUCGAGUUCCUGGAGUUCGGCAUGCAGCGCACGCCAUUCGUUAUCUCGGCGGAGGCGGGCUGCGCGGGCCUCUGGGGCUGGCCGGCGGCGGACGGCCGCUGGGCCCGCGCGGAGUACCUGCGCGACCACCCGCACACGCGGUCGCGGGCGGGCUCCGAGGAACGCCUUCCUGGGCGGCUACAAGUCCUGGCGCCGCAGCGCGGCGGAGUGCGUGUCCGGCCGCGAGGCGCUGGAGCGGAUCUGCGCACGAGCCGCUGGGGGCGCUGCCGGAGGCACCGAAGGGGGCGAGGCGCUGUACCUUACGGCCUGGGAGUACGACCCCCCAGAGGGCUCCGAGGGCGAGCCACCCGCAGACGGCGGGGGCCCGCGCCUGGCGGACGACGUGCGCGGCGUGCCGGUCAUGCCGUGCCUGCUGGCGGGGUCCCGGUUCGGCGGGCCGAGGGCCCUGUCGCGGCUGCUGCGCUGGGUAUAUCCGGGCGCGGGAGAGCAGGGCAGCGCCUGCGCGGAGCACACGGACCCGAUCGCCACGCACGCGUGGAUGUGGCUGGCGUCCGGGGGCAAGCAGUGGCGGCUGCUGGCGCUGCCGGACGGGGCCCGGCCGCCAGGACCCCCUCCGUGGGCAGCGAGCCCGAGCACCCGGACCUGUUCUGCUGCGCCUCGGUGUCGGCCGCCGCGCUGCCCGCGGGGGCGCGGCUCUGGCACGCGCUGCUGCAGCCAGGCGAGCUGCUCUUCGUGCCGUCCCUCGUGGCCCACAGCGUGCGGAACGUGGGGCCAGGCCUCACGGUCGCCGUCUCCCACAACUUCCUCGACGCCGCCUGCCUCCCCGAGGCGCUGGUGGCACUCGGCUCCUCGCUCGGGCUGCUGGAGCGCGAGGUUGCCGCCGGCCGCUCCCGGGACGACGCGCUGGAGGCGCUCGCCGACCGCCUCGACGCCCCCCUGUUCGCCCUGCUCUCCAUCGCCCUCGCGGCCCCGGCGGCGGUGGAGGAGAUGGUGGCUGCGGCUGCUCCCGAGGCCGGCCCGCGGGCCGCCGCCCUGGACGCCGCGUGGGGCCACUGCCGCGCCGCGCUGGCGCGGGCGCUCCCGAGUUCCGAGACGGCCAGGACAGCCUUCGGACUCCAGGCGGCCCAGGACGCCUCCAGGAGGCGCCUGGAAGGCGGGGCGGCGGCCAGGAGCCGCACGCCGCGGGCGCUGCCGUGCGCCACGGCGUCCGGGGAAGCCGUGAGGACGCUCCGCUCGGCGCUCGUGGCAGCCCUAGCCUUGUCUGCGGCCGCCCCAGUGUCGGCAGUCACCCAGGGCCUGCGGGCGGCACAGGGCUUGCAGGCUGCAGAGACUUCCAAGCCCGGAUGGAAGCACCGCAUGCAGAUUUUCCAGAGAUUCAUCAACAGCACUUUGGAUACAGUGUCGCACUGGCGUGUCGAACCCGCGCAGAAGACAGACAGAGUCGCUGUAACCAUCCUGCAGCCAGCUACGCCAGAGCACAUCGCACAGAUGGCUUACGUGAUCCGCUCGAACCUGCACAGGCUCGGUCCGGACUGGGCGCUGCAGGUCUUCUACGGCACAGAGGAGGAACGAGCGGGCUUGGACGAGGCCCUUGGGAAGCCGAAGGGCGUCAUCUGGUCCCCCAUAAUGCUGCAGGGUAAGCGGCGAGUGAGUCUGAACCACGGCGAGUGCAGCUAUUUCAGGCUCUCGGACGGCUUCUGGGGCGCGAUGCGCCCCGAGCACGAGCACGUGCUGGUGUUCGAGUCCGACAGCCUGCUGCGCAAGCGCGGCUGUGUGGACGAAUACGUCGACAACGGCUACGACUACGUGGGUGCGCCAUGGGGCAUGGGUGCUCGCUGGGGCCCCCCUGCCGUGGGGGGCAACGGAGGCUUCUCGCUGCGAAGAUUGUCCACCAUUCUUUCGGCGGUUCGGAGCCCGGAGAUGGCCGAGCUGAUCGGUGAGGACCCCGACCUGUUCACCGAGAACGAGGACUCUACCCUGGUGAAGCUUUUGCUCCAACGGAACGCGACGUUUCCGCCACGCGAGUCGGCCAUGAGAUUCUCCGUGGAGAUUGUGUUCCACCCGACGCCCUGCGCCUUCCACAAGCCGUGGGCGAACCUGGGCGAGGACGCCGUUAAGACUCUGAUGAAGGAGCCUGGCUGCAUCACGCCCUUCGCGACGGACGUCCAAACAAUGACGCCAGAGUGGCACGGCAAUGAUCUGCUGUCCAACACUGAGGGGGUGGAGUGGGCGGCGGAGGCGGGCAGCGUGACCGGGAUGGUCGAGCCGACGUUCCAGCCCAAUGUAGCCACGGUGCAGCAGCGGUGGACGGACCCCAAUACCUUGCCAAUGGGCCUGUCCUUCGGCAACACCGGCGACAUCCACCAGCACGCGAUCGGCCCGCUCGGAGUCGAUGUGGACAACGACGGCACUGUCGAUGUGGUCAUCACGCCCGAGGAGCUGCGACAGUUCAUCAUGGAGCGAGGCCACCGCGUGCAGGCCGACGCCGGCACCUCCAGGGCGGCCGCAGCGGGGGCCCUGCCCGCCAGCUCGCAGCUCCUGGCGGGCUCCGCGGGCGUGGGGAGCAGCGCCACGGGCAGCUCUGCCAACUGGCCGCACGGCCGGGUCCUCCAGUCUCCGAGGUCCGCGAUAUCCUUCGGCGCGGGGAGCCCCGAGGAGUUCGGGUCGACGCGGAUCCCCAGCUCCUCCACCCGGCUGGGCGCGAGGCCUGCCGCGGUUGCCGGCGGGGCCACCAGGUCCGGCGGGAUCGGCUCGUCCAGCUCGCUGGCGUCGAUGCCCUUCAGCGCGGGCGUGCUGCCCCAGCGGGUGCUGCCCCCUGCAGGCUCGCUGCCCCGCUCGCAGCCGCGCUCCCCGGUGCCGCCCCUCGUGCUGCCGGGGACGCAGAGCCAGAGGUCCUCCGCGGGGCCCAGCCCCCCCUCGGCGGGGCCCAGCCCCCCCGGCCGCCCUCCGCGCCCUCGAUCACCAGCCGGCCGCGCUCGCGCUCGGCGAGCCCCGCGCCCGGGCGCGCGGGCUCCGGGCGGUCGGCCACGCCGCCGAGUGGGCACUACCCGCCCUCGAUGCCAGGAGGGGCUCCACGCCCGGCGGCCAGACCCCUGCGGCGUACCACGACGCCCCGCGGCAGGCGCCGCCGGAGCCGCCUGGCCCGGAGCCCUUCGGCGCGCCGCAGUUCCCCAGCACGGCCACCUUCCCGGCUGGCCAGCCGCCGCCCUUCAGCGGCGCUCUGCGCCGCCCGGGGCCCGCGGCGCCCGGGACCAGCGCGCCGGUCUACCCGCCCGGCCAGCCGCCUCUGCAGGGCGGCGUGCAGUACGCGGGGCUCGCGGGGGCGGGGGACGCCUAUCGGAACGAGCUGCGUGCUCCCAGCACUGCCGAGCACGCCUACCCGCCCGACCAGCCGGCCCUGCAGGGCGGUCCGCACACGGGGCCGGCAGAGUACGCGCCCGUGUACAGAUCGGCUGCGGCCGCCUAUCCACCGGACAGCCCGUCCAUGCCGUCCAUGCCGUCCAUGCCUGGCAGCACGCAGUUCGCGUACGCGAGGCCAGUGGUGGACUACGCGGCUGCGCCACGUGA